CGCCGCGCAGCACAACACCGCACUCCGGUCCGUCCUCGGCGGCCUCGACCCCAACAACCGCACCUUCCUCCUCCUCGACGUCCACACCCCCUUCGCCGACAUCCUCCUCAACGACGACAACAAGAGCAGCAGAAGGUUCGCGAGCACGCUGCGGCCAUGCUGCGAGAGCUUCAGGGCCGACGGCUACUGCGGCGAGGAGAAUGAGAACGGCACACGGCAGUAUCUCUGCGACGACCCCGGCCGCUACUUCUACUGGGACGACGUGCACCCGACGCAGGCCGCCUGGGCUGCUGUCGCCGGCACCUUCAGGGUCGCCGUCAAGAGCUUCCUCUCCACCUGACAAGACAUGGCCAUGUUUUUUGUGAUAGACAUAAGCUACCAUUACUAGUAGUACCCAGCAGAAAGCAGUACUAACCAACACCAUUGUUCUCCCCUGUUUCUGCUUCACCUGAAACAAGCAGCUUCCAAAAUACAAGAAGCAAGUGCAAAAUUUGUUCCA